GAGGAGGAGGAGGAGGAGGAGGAGGUGGAGGAGGAGGAGGAGGGACAGAGAAGCCAGAGAGAAACUUGUCUUGGGGAUUAAUAGGAGGCAGGAGGAGGGAGAGGUGCACACAGGAAAACCCCUGGACCAUGAAGGCGGCCCUGGCCUUCCUCCUCCCGCUGGUGCUGGCGCUGGUUCCGGCGGCGAGCGGGCAGCGGCGCAAACCCCCCCGCAGACCCACCCGGCCACCCGCGCCCUUCGAGGAGCCCGCGGAGCCCACGGAGCUGCCCCCUCCCCUCCCUCCGGGCCCCCCGUCCAUCUUCCCCGACUGCCCGCGGGAAUGCUACUGCCCGCCCGACUUCCCGUCGGCGCUGUACUGCGACAGCCGCAACCUGCGCACGGUGCCGGUGAUCCCGCCGCGCAUCCACUACCUGUACCUGCAGAACAACUUCAUCGCUGACCUGCCCGAGGAGUCCUUCCGCAACGCCACCGGCCUCAAAUGGGUCAACCUGGACAACAACCGCAUCCGCAAGGUGGACAGGAAGGUGCUGGAGAAGCUGGAAAACCUCAUCUUCCUCUACAUGGAGAGGAACCAGCUGAAGGAGGUGCCCGCCUUCCUGCCGCCCAACCUGGAGCAGCUGAGGCUCAGCAGGAAUCAGAUCUCCAAGAUCCCCGCCGGCGUCUUCAACAAGCUGGAGAACCUGGUGCUGCUGGACCUGCACCACAACAAGCUGAGCGACGGCGUCUUCAACAAGAACACCUUCAAGGGGCUCAAGAACCUCAUGCAGCUCAACCUGGCCCACAACAUCCUGAGGAAGAUGCCCCCCGGCGUGCCCAGCGCCAUCCACCAGCUCUUCCUGGACAGGAACAACAUCGAGGACAUCCCCAGCGAUUAUUUCAAGGAGUUUCCCAACCUGGCUUUCAUCCGGCUCAACUACAACCAGAUUUCGGAUAAGGGGCUGCCCAAAAAUUCCUUCAACCUCACCAACCUGCUGGUGCUGCACCUGGCCCACAACAAGCUCACCAACGUGCCCUUCAUCAGCCCCAAGCUGGAGCACCUCUACCUGAACAACAACUCCAUUGAGAAAAUCAACGGCACGCAGAUCUGCCCCACCUCGCUGGUGUCCAUCCAGGAUUUCUCGCCCUCCGACCUGGACAGCGUCCCCCGGCUCCGCUACCUGCGGCUGGACGGGAACCUGCUGAAGCCGCCCAUCCCUCUGGACCUGAUGCUGUGCUUCCGCCUGCUGCAGUCCGUGGUGUUUUAGCCUCUCCCAGGCCCGGCUUUGCUCGGACGUUUGACACGCGGGACCCUCUCUCCUCCCUCUCCCCCUGCUCGCUCGCCGCCUCCGUCCCUCUCCCCGUUCCCUCCUUCUCCCGCCCGUGGCUCCUUGGGGACCGCUCUCUGCAGGACAGCGCCGUGUCCCCGGUCACAGCUCCCUGUCCUCGUCCCCCAGGCCCAGCCCGGAGCCGGCUCCGUCUCUCCCUCGGCGCCCCGCGGGGUUCGGGGGGGUUGGGGCCGGUCCGGAUGGAGCCGCUGGGCUCGGGGCGUGUCCCUGCUCCUGGGAAUAAUUCCCGGUGGGUUUUGGAGCUGGGAUGGGAUGGGCAGGAGCUGAGGGUGGUGGGAUCCAUGGAAGUGGAGGGAGGAUGGAUGAUCAGGCCAUCCCAGGGGAUGGGGACACUCCUGUCACCCUUCUGGAGAGCUUUGGCUCCACAUUUCUGCGGUGGAGGAGGAUCUAAAUCCCUCCUGGAGCUGUGGAUCUGCCGGGAGGGAGCAGGGAGGGUGUCCUGCCCCGGUGUGGGCCACACCUUCCCACACGCCCUGGGCAGGAGCAGACCCUGCCCGGCUUCAAAUCCCCCAUCCCAGCACCGAUCCAUGGGGCCACAGCCCCAUCCCAAAUCCUGAAUCCUUCCCUGUAAAUCUGGGAUCAAGAGCCCCACCCAUGGGGCCACGGCCCCAUCCCAAAAUCCUGCACCAUUCCCUGUGAAAUCUGGGAUGCAGAGCCACAUCCAUGGGGCCACAG